AUGACAUUCGAGACCUCUGAAAACCCACCAUCUCCUUCACCAACAUCACCAGCAUGGAGUGUAAUCCUGUUCACUUUCAGCGAUAGAAACACCGAUUCAGAGCUGGUGGUUAUGUGUAAUAACAAACGCUUUAUCAUACGUCUCUUAGCCGACACCUUUUCUGAGUCGCCCAAGUUGAAAGAACGCUAUCUCUUCUUUUUGCGAGUUGCCGAAGAGUUCGAGCUAGAUGGUGUAGCUGUCGAGGACUUCUGGGAUUGGAUUGUCGACCCUCUGCUCCCCAUUUUCCGGGAACUGCACACUCCAGACCCGGCAGACCUGCAAACUUUGAACGGCUUUUUCAACCCCGAAACCUUCGUCUAUACCUUUCAAACAGUCUCUGAUGAGCGUAUACCACAAUUAGACAGAGACGCCGCACACCAGUCUCCGUUUGGUAUUUUUGUUCCUGAUGAACUCUGUGCGUUGUGGAAGUCCUUUGAUCCAUCUGAAGUGCGGAUUUGUCAAGAGAAAGUGAUUGGCCCGCCUUCUGAUACGCCGCGCAAAGUCCUUCUGCACGACGGGACAAUUGCAUUCCUCAAGCUCGUUCGCCGCGGGGACAAGCAGUCCCUGAAAAAUGAGCUGGACACAUAUGGGAAGAUCGACAGAGCAGAGCUUGACAACAAGAUGAGGAUCUCACGCCUCCACGGUCUAGUGCGGAACAACGAUGGUGUUACUUUCGGUCUCUUACUUACCUAUAUCGACUGUGGGCGUGUUACAAUGUCGUGUGCAUUGAGGCCAGAAACCGAAGUUUCACUAAGGGCGAAAUGGGCUGCACAAGUCCAGGAAGCUAUUGCCCAACUACAUGAUGCUGGAAUAGCGUGGGGAGAUGCUAAACCGGACAACAUCCUAAUUGAUGUAAAUGAGGAUGCUUGGCUUAUUGAUUUCGGUGGUGGAUACACGGAGGGAUGGGUGCCUAAGAUCCUUGUCGGGACAAUGGAAGGUGAUCGCAUUGCUCUCGAGAAGAUACUAGAAUACAUCCGCAACUAG